AUGACAAAUCUAGAAAGAUCUUUAUCUGAAUCGGCAGUUGUUGAAACGACAAUAUCAAUUAUUUCAAGUAAUGUUAUAGACAAUAAAUUAUCAACUAAACCAGAAGAAAAACAUAAAGAUAAUGAUUUAAAUGAUAGUAGUAAAGUAACUAAUGAGGCAGCGAAAUAUGGUUCGCUUUGUAAUUUUGGAGAUUUGCCUUAUUGGUGUCAAGAUAAUCGUGAUAUAGUCAGUGGAUACCGAAGACCAACUUGUUCAUAUCUCAAGUGCGCAUAUUCAUUAUUUUACAUUCAUAAUGAGUUUGCUUUGGGAUUAAGUGCUGUCAUACCACUAACACAUGCAAUAAUUCUUUAUGGGGUUACACUUUGUUUUUCAGUAAUUUCGUUAAGAUGGUUAAUAUUAACUGGUAUACUUUAUAUUGCAGGAGCAUUAGUUUAUGGAACAAGAAUACCAGAAAAAUGGUAUCCUGGAAAAUUCGAUAUUUGUGGUUCAUCGCAUCAAAUAUUUCAUUUUUUUGUAGUAGCAGCAGCAUUGAUUCAUUAUUAUGGUGUCAUGCAAUCGAUGAUGUACUGGCAUAAAGAAAAUCACGAAUGCACAUUGGAUAUUGAAUCGAUGAAAUUUAAUUAA